AUGUCUACGAAUAAAUUUUCUGAUUCAAUAACAGAGAUUUAUUAUGAAACUACAGUAACUGGAAAUGAGGAGCACUAUGUGACAUUUGAAACUAAAGCGCCAAUAGAGGCAAAUCCUACAAUAUCUCCAGACAGCUCAGCGGUUACAACACAGAUAAAUGCACUUGAAUCGGACACACCAGUUGACCUGAGCGAGUCAAAUCUGAAAAAUAAAAAUCCAGUCGAUCCCAGGACUUUAUCUGAUCCUAGCGCACUGUCAAUUCUAAGCUUACCAGUCGAACAAAGCUCACCAGUGAUCCCUAACACCUCUAUUAAUAUAAGCGCAACAAGUAAUCCUAAUACGGUAACCAUUCCGGUUGUUCAAAACAAUUCAAAUGUUUCACCAGAUCCUACUAUAGCAGCAAGACCGAGCUUAUCAGAUGAGCAUAACUUGCCAGUAGGCUCCAACAUACUAGUCGAAUUAAGUUCAACAGAUCUUAAUGCAGCAAAUAUUUCAGUAGACAAAACCAAUUCAAUCGUUCCAAGUACUACAUCUGAUAAUAACACCCCAGCAAUUUCAAUUUUGCCAGUGAACUCUAACAUCCCAAUAAGUGCGUCAACUGAUCCUACUACAACAAUUCCUGUAGAAGAGUCUAAUACCAUCGUUCCAAGUGCUUUAUCCGAUCCCAGCGCACCAGCAAGUCCAAGCUUACCAGUUGAACAUAACUCACAUGUGGAGCCUAAUAACUCGACGAAAUUAAACUCGUUUACUGAUCCUAAUACGGGAACGAUUCUGGGGGAUAAUACCAGUUUAAAGCUACCAAGUGCUUCAUCUGAACCUAGCACACCAUCAAGUUCAACUGAUCCGACUACAACAACCAUUCCUGUGGAAGAAUCCAAUACCAUCGUUCCAACUGCUUCAUCUGAACCUCGCACACCAGCAAGUUCAAAUUUACCAGUGAACACUAACAUCCUAAUCCAAUUAA